AUGCGGGGCGCCUGCGCCGAGGUCCAGAGGCCCGGCGGCGGCGAGCUGCACUGCUUCGUGGAGGAGAAGGUGUGCUACCAGGGAGCCAACAUCGCGGUGGACUUCUCGAGCUUCGGUUCCAGCCACCAGGGCUGCCGCGAGGUGGACAACGCGGCGUCGUGCUGCGAGACAUGCGCGGCACUGUGGCCGCAGUGCCUGUCGUGGCAGUACAUCCUGGAGGGCACCGCGGCCAACGGCUACCCUGGCAUGAACAGUUACUGCUGUCUCAAAGGGGAGCUGGCGCCGGACCCGGUGGCCGCGGACUUCUGCGAGUCCGGCUACCAGAACCCGCGGUGCUUCCUCACCUCCGCCUGCGCCGUGGAGGUCACAGGCACGGGCUUCACCGCCUCCGACUCCCUUGUCGCAAUCCAGCCCGGGCAUGUGUGCGGCGACGCGGGAGCCAGUGCAGCCGCGUGGGCUGGCAUCACGAACCCCCAG